AUGGUGAGCGCAGCAGCGCCUGCUGCAGUGGCGGCGGCAGCGGACGCCGCCAGCGACCUCAACCACCUGCUGCAGCCUCUGCACUGGACGGCCGUGCUACGACACCCUCGCGGCGCCGCCAGGUCGCCCCUCUGCUUUCGGCUCUGCACCAUCGUCAUGACAGCUCUCAUCCUGUCGUUCUUCAUCUCUGAGGUCACCGUGUUGUACCGCGAGGGCACGGACGACCUGACCGCCUUCACGAUGACGCUCGGCGUCGCUGACACAAACAUCAUCUGGCUCUUCCGCAUGGUUCACAUAACUCUGUGCGAGCGGGCCUUCCAUAAGCUUGCUCUUCAGGUCGGCAAUGACUUCGCGGAGUUCCUGACCCUGGACGACAUUCCGAUGCUUCGCUCGCAGAGCCGCGCCGUGCGUCGCUUCACGCUGAUCUACAUCUGGUUCGGCAUCGGCGCCGUCGUCUACUACCUCUUCUCCCCAGUGAGUGACGAGGGCCUGCCCGUCAUACUGGCUGUGCCCUUUGACGCGAAGCAGCCGCUAGGCUUCGCAGUGACGUGGAUCUACGUUUCUAUAGUGACCAUGCACGUCGUGGUGAUGACCAUGGUUUUCGACUCCUUCAAUGUCAGCAUCAUCGCGCAGCUGCGUAUACAGCUCACGUUGCUCAAUAGUAAACUUGUCAAUCUCGCGAAAGAAAUGUCCGAGAGACCGGUCCACUCUUCUAAAACGCCUGCCUAUCGUGAACUUCAUUAUCGCCUGGAGAAGUGUGUCCGUCACCAUCAAGCAAUUAUCAAGAACGCAGACUUGUUAGAGAAGAGCCUAGGAGCCAUGUUGCUCGCGCAGAGCCUAGCCAUCGGUGCGUGUGCCUGCUUCCAGAUGUUCCAAGUUGCCACGAAUAAAAACGGCCUGCAAGAGACAGGAAAAUUUGGCUGCCAUUUGACUGUAAUGCUUGCAGAGCUCUUUGAAUACUGCUGGUUUGGAGACGACCUCAUUACGGAAAGCGAGAACGUGGCCCUGGCGGCGUACGACGCGGUGACGUCGCUGCUGGAGUGUCCCGUGUCCAUCAAACGGUCGCUGCUGCUCGUGAUGCAACGCGCGCAGCGUCCUCUGUGCAUCACCGCCGGUGGGUUCUUCCCACUCUCCAGGGAGUCCUUUGUCUCGGUCGUCAAUGUGUCUUACUCAUUCUUCGCAAUACUGCGAAAUUUCAAGAAUGAAGAGGAAUAGCGCCCUUCUG